AUGGUCUAUGUCGAUGAUAUCCUAGUUACUAGGAAUUGCAACACUGCCUGCAGAUCUCUUAUUUCUCUUCUUAGUGCCAAGUUUCCUGUUAAAGAUCUUGGUCCUUUACAUUACUUUCUUGGGUUAGAAGUUCAUCGAUCUGGCAAGGGUAUUUUUCUUUCUCAAACCAAAUAUGCCUGUGAUCUCCUCAAGAAAACAGAUUUUAUUGGCUCCAGCCCCUGUUCUACUCCUCUUGGCUCUUACAAGUUGGAUAACUCUGGUGACAUUCUUGCUGAUGCUACCUUUUAUCGCUCUACUGUUGGAGCCCUUCAGUAUCUCACUUGGACAAGGCCAGACCUCUCCUAUGCAGUUAAUCUAGUCUGCCAGCAUUUACAUCAGCCUCGCUCUAAUCAUUUGGGUGCUGUCAAACGAAUUCUUCGUUAUCUCAAGGGCACUCUUGAUAUGGGUGUUUGGUUUACCAAGGGUUCUCUUGUUCUGAAAAUGAUGUUUCCUUGUGUUCUUGAAAGAUUUUGUAAUUAUUUUUACAUUGCAGAAGCAUCCAGUUUCCUUGUUCUGAAAUAA